CAGACGAUGAUUGAAUACGGAUACUAAAAUUAAUCUGAACGACUCAACGAAACGAUUGCCGGUCAAAGAUGGUUUGUUCUUUGAAACUUUUGAUUUUACUUCAGUCCGUCGUUCUACACAAAGUGAUUGCGAUGGAAAAUAGAAAAUUACAAGUAGAAGAAAAUAAUCUACACAAACAGCUGUUUCACUACGAGACCUUGAAGAAGUCGGAUAUUUCUCUGCACGUCCGCCACCAUCGGGAUGUUGACACUGGACACGUAACGGCCAGAACUUACGUCACGUUCUUCACACUAGGAAUGAACUUCAGUAUGGUUUUAAAGGCAGGCUCUCCUGUAGUGGCCCCUGGACUUAGAGCCUAUACUGUAGACAGGAACGGCAAGUAUGAGCCCCUUCAUGUAGACUCCAACGAUUUCCUCACAGGACAUUUACAAGAGAAUGAAUCUAUACAUGUGUCUGCUCAUUAUGAGGAGGACGUUCUCUGCACAACAAUUUAUUUCCCAAAUGAAACUUACUUUACUGAGCCGUCGUGGAGACACCUCCCUUCAUCAAGUGGGUGGGAUCUGAUUAGUUACAGGCUUUCUGAUGUCAACUGGAAUCAUACGGGUCCUUUUUCCGAUCCAAUAACAUUACUCCAACGACCGUCUUCAGACGAGUCAGUUUCAAGCGAUGAGCAGCAUCAGAGAUUCAGCAGAAUCAGACAAAAACGACAGAAUAAUGUCUUAAAGAAAAGGUGUUCCUUAAGACUGGUUGCCGACUAUUCGUUUUACAGAGAGCAUGCCAAGUUUAGUGCUUCUGAAGCUAUAAAGAUAAUGGUGAGCUCUAUUGCAGAGGUGAACCGAAUAUUCGAAGAUACAAAGUGGAAAACUUAG